AUGCCGACAGCAACCGAACAGCCUCCUAAGGUUUCCCAAGCUUCCUUGCUGGCAGCCACAUGGAGCCUCUUCGCCAUCGCAGUGCUUUUUUUCCUUGCUCGGAUCGCAAUUCGACUCAAGAUUUCGCGCCGCCUUUACUUUGACGAUGCAUGGGCCUCGCUUGCCCUCCUUAUCCUUCUCGGCCUCGCCCUGGUGCUGACGGUUGCCAUACCCUCGAUGUAUCAGGUUCUCAAUGUCGGAGCAGGCCUUGCCGAGCCUGACACGAAUUUCAUGAAGAAUGCAACCUUCUAUCUGAAAUUGCAAUUCGCUUUGACAUAUCUUUAUUGGAGCUGCCUCUGGGCCGUCAAGGCGUGCUUCUUAUCAUUUUACCAUCGUCUCACCAAGAACCUCAAGUAUUGCCGUCAAGUAUGGUGGGCGACCGUCAUCAUCAGUGUGCUCUCGUACAUCGGUGCCAUCAUCACGUAUCCGGUCUCAUGCUCAUCAUUCGUAUUGGGGCAAUGCGAGAGCCAAAUACAUAUUUCUCGUUCACUUGUGUCGCUCCGAUAUAGCACAGCUGUGGAUAUCAUAACCGACGCCCUGAUAAUAGCGCUUCCUCUCUAUUUGGCCUUCCGUGUUCAGCGCCCGUUGCUUCAGAAGCUCGCGCUUGGUGGAAUCUUUAGCCUUGGAAUUGUCAUAAUUAUAUUUGCAAUCAUCCGGAUAGCUGUGACAAAUCAACACAACUCUCAUCCCGAAACGUCGUGGUUGAAUCUUUGGUCCCAAAUUGAAGCCAGCGUCGCGGUGGUAAUUAGCUCUUUGGCGCCCUUCAAAUCAUUCUUUAGCCGCCGGAAGAGGAAUUCUUCUGACGACGAGAUGUCUCCCAAAGGUCCUAGGUUGGGUACUCACCCAACAGCAAUACAACUAGACGAGCGGAGUCGCGAGAUCGCAGUACACCAGAACGGGACUAUUGGAUUGGCAGGCAGAGGAGAUUCCACGGAAAGAAUACUGAGGGGUUACGAAGUCACUGGAAAGGUAUGA